CUGGCAUUUUGUUUUUUGUGUUGUGUUUUUUUUUUUUUUUUAUGUUUUGGUUUUUACAUUUUCAAUGACACGUUUAUUGUGUGUUGCACGACCCGAACAUAUAACCGUCUCUACGCGCACGCCGUGAGAACUGCCAGGCGCCAUAUAAAUUUCCAAUUAACCGCGUCGUUGUUUGUGCUCCGACCGCCGAAGCGAAGAAGACUUAUCUGCCUACGCCGCCGUCCCGUGUGUCCGUGUACGAGUAGACGAUAGCUGGCGUACCUUCGUAGCUAUUCCAUUCGCGAGAUCACCGUACGAUCGUAGGUAAUUUACAUUAUUAUAGUAUAGUGUACUGUCGCCGGGUCAGAAAUCGCAGCGAUGCCCGCCAACAUGAAGGGAUAUUGGAUUUUCGUCCUUUUGUGCUUGUCUUUUGUCGGAGAACUAGUGCUCGGUAGUUUGUUCCCUCCAAUUCCUCCAAACAAUCAAAAUCCAUCGCAACCAGACGUCGUGCCUCCACAACAAGAAGUCAAUUGGCCAUUAAACAAUUUAGCUACACCUGAAGUGAUCGUCGUUGGAGAAACCACGCUUAAUACCAGAGGGAUCCAAAUGGAACAAACUAAAGACAGGCCGUCAGAAACCAGUCUAAAAGCUGAAGAAAUAUUACCAAAAGCUAUUGUUAUUGAAAAUGAACAAAAAUCAGUUGAUAAAAUUGUAACCAGAAGUAAUGCAGAAAUGAAAACUAAAGAUAUUCGACCAACAACAGAUAACAAAACACUUGAUUCAUAAUAAACUUAAUAUAUAAUUUUUUCAAAUAAAUAUUUUAUUAUAAAUAUUAAUCAUCACUUAAAAUUGGAGAAUAAAAAUAUAAAUUAAUUGUACCUGAUUUCUAGACGUUUUUCAAUGAUUUUCCAAAUUUCACCUACAUAUCCUGAGACAUCAUUAAUCUUACCAUCAUUUGUCAUUAACAACAA